ACUCAGUCAUCUGCUGUUUCUUUUCAACAAUGGCUAAUUUCAGAAUAUCAGUUUCGGUGUUGUUUUGCAUUGUGUCGGCGGGGCUGGCAGCUGGGCAAGAUGGAGGUCCGUUCGGGGCGUCACAGGGUGGGAUGAGGAGGGAGAUGGUACCGGCUUUGUUCAUUUUUGGAGAUUCUCUUAUUGACAAUGGGAACAACAAUAACAUUCCUUCGUUUGCCAAGGCUAACUAUUUUCCCUACGGAAUUGACUUCAAUGGCGGUCCUACCGGGCGCUUCUCCAAUGGCUACACAAUGGUUGAUGAAAUAGCUGAAUUGCUGGGACUACCUCUGAUCCCUGCAUACUCUGAAGCUUCUGGGGAUCAAGUGCUCCAUGGGGUCAACUAUGCCUCAGCAGCUGCAGGAAUUCUUGACAUCACCGGAGGAAAUUUUGUCGGUCGGAUACCGUUUGAUGAACAGAUCAGGAACUUCCAGAGUACCCUUGAUCAGAUUACAGCAAACCUUGGGGCAAUUGAUGCAGCGCGGUCCUUGGCAAAGUGUCUGUUCUUUGUGGGGAUGGGCAGCAAUGACUACCUCAACAACUACCUCAUGCCUAAUUACCCAACCCGAAAUCAAUACGAUAGCCAGCAAUAUGCUGAUCUCCUUGUUUCACAAUACGAUCGCCAACUCACUCAACUUUACAAUCUUGGAGCACGGAAAUUUAUCCUGGCGGGGUUAGGAAGAAUGGGCUGCAUUCCGAGCAUCCUGGCUCAGAGCUCAAGUGGCGGCUGUUCAGAAGAAGUGAAUCAGCUUGUUUUACCUUUCAAUGCAAAUGUGAAGGCCAUGAUGAACAGACUUAAUGUCAAUCUACCCGGUGCCAGAUUCAUAUACAUUGAUAGUGCAAACUUGUUUGAAGACAUUGUCACCAAUGCUGGAACUUAUGGAUUUAGUGUUGUAGAUCGUGGGUGCUGUGGCAUUGGGAGAAACAGAGGGCAGGUUACUUGUCUUCCAUUUCAAACACCAUGUCCAAACAGAGAUGAAUAUGUUUUCUGGGAUGCGUUCCAUCCAACUGAAAAGGUGAACAUCAUCAUGGCGAGGAAGGCCUUCAAUGGGGAUAUAAGCAUAGUUUAUCCCAUAAACAUAGAGCAACUUGCCAAUUUUGAUAUUGAGAAUUAGUUAAAAGAAAAGGAGUCCGUGGAUUCCCUCUUGAAGGGAAAAGAGGAAUCAAGUCUGAUUUUGCACUUCAAUAUGGCUUCAUCAUUCCUGGAAUCAGUACGACUUGUGUUAAUCUCCAUGUAUUUCAAUUUCAUGUUCUUCGGUAAUACAUAUCGUAGCACUGU